AUGGAUGAUGCUUUGCGUCGUAGCAUCUUUGGUUCAUCUGAUGAAUCAGAUGAACCAUCGCCGAAGCGAAGGCGCUCGAGGUCGCAAGACUCGGGCGCUAACAGUGGUGUCGGUUCUCCUAUUGAACCCACUUCGCAACGAGGUGCCAGUACUUCUGUCGGCACGUCGCAGGAAGAGCGGGACCGCAAUUUCUUGCGUCUCGCUCCUGAAAAGAAAGCAUGGAUGCCUUCAAAGUCGGUCAUGGAUUGCUUGUCGGCGACGACGAGUGAUCGCUAUCGAACACGAUUGUUCGAUUCAUCAAGGAUCCAUCACCUUGACCCCAAUGCGAAAGACUAUCACACUGAGAAUGAUUUCUUCAUCGAUGCUUUCUUUAGACAUCGAUGGUACAGUGGGAAUCACAAGCGUGAUGGUCCCUCACUGCUUCAGGCGUGGAACGCCUACAUCCAUAACCUUGAGGAUGUAGGUCGUGAUGUUUGGAACGACAAACUUAUCAAAGCUCGUGAUAAGUUUGAAAAGCGAACCCCGACAGGUGCACGCUAUAAGCUGCCUCGUCUGUCAAGGGAGAAAGAAUUACCCUGCCUCUCUUGGGGAGACUCGUGCCCAUGUUGUGUGAACAACUCUGCACGAGCACCUAAGGAGGCUUACCUCCCUAAUAGCCCGUGGUGGCGCGUACGUAUCUCUAGUGAGAUGUACGACGGGAUUGACAACCUGAAAUCCCUUUACGACCGUGCCGGGAAGACUUUCUCCGGCGGUCCUUCUGCGGCACAGGAUGUGCCGCGUCGUACUGCUCAACCAGACCCAGUACGUCGAUCAUCAGUUGGGAGCGGGGCUCCCAAGAAUCCCAGGACGGGGGAUAGCCGCGCCACCGGACGAGAUAACUCGUCCGACGUCCGUUCACGUCGCGGUGGUUCAACAGCUGCUCAACUAGACAGCGCUGGCCACCGCGAGAGUCCUCUAAUGGAGGUGGAGGAGGAGUAA